CAUUAAAUAGUUUAAUACUUUUCUCCUUAACGUGGUCCUUUUAUUGGAAAAGAAGCAGUGGUCUUUUUAUUGACAGAGUUAAAGUAGGGAGGUUGUUUGUGUCCCACCCAGUUGCAAGCUCCUUUAUUGUAAGAACUGAAGCAGAGUUUGGCAAAUACUUAUUCUUGAAGAGAGAGAAGGGUUGGUUUGUGUUAAGUUAUCUCUUACCCAUAAUAUUUUGUGAGGCCUGAAACUGAGAGGAAGAGAAGGUCUUUGAAGAUGGCAGGUGGAUCUUUUGGCCCGGCAGGUGUGGCCAAAGAGAGAGCACAACAGUACAAAGGAAGACUCACCUCUUAUGUGAUCAUUGCCUGCACUGUUGCUGCUGUUGGCGGCGCAAUUUUUGGCUAUGAUGUUGGAAUUUCAGGAGGAGUGACAUCCAUGGAUACAUUUCUUGAAAAAUUCUUCCCUGCUGUUUUUGUAAAGAAGACGCAAGCACGUGAAAGCAAUUAUUGCAAGUACGAAAACCAAGGGCUUGCAGCAUUUACAUCUUCUUUAUACCUUGCUGGUUUGGUUGCUUCUCUGAUGGCUUCUCCUGUUACAAGAAAGUUUGGACGUCGAACAAGUAUAAUCUGUGGUGGGCUAAGUUUUCUUACUGGGGCAACAAUAAAUGCUUCUGCCAUGAAUAUGGCAAUGCUUCUUUUGGGUCGGAUCAUGCUUGGUGUUGGCAUUGGAUUUGCAAAUCAGGCAGUUCCACUAUAUUUAUCAGAGAUAGCGCCAACACAUCUUCGAGGUGGUCUUAACAUGAUGUUUCAGGUAGCAACUACAUUUGGUAUCUUUAUAGCAAACAUGAUCAACUUUGGAACACAAAAGCUUAAUUGGGGAUGGAGGCUCUCUCUAGGAUUGGCUGCUGUUCCAGCUUUGUUAAUGACAGUGGGAGGAAUACUUCUUCCUGAGACACCUAACAGCUUAAUUGAGCAAGGAAAAAAAGAGAAAGGGAGAGAAAUCCUUGAAAAGCUCAGAGGAACCAAAAAUGUUGAUGCAGAGUUUGAAGACAUGGUGGAUGCAAGUGAGCUUUCAAACUUAGUAAAGAAUCCCUUUCGAAACAUCCUUGAGAAGAGGAACAGACCAGAAUUAGUAAUGGCAAUCUGCAUGCCAAUGUUCCAGAUACUCACAGGCAUAAAUUCAAUUCUCUUCUAUGCUCCUGUACUGUUUCAAAGUAUGGGGUUUGGUGGCAAUGCCUCUCUCUACGCCUCAGCUUUGACUGGAGCAGUUCUUGCUUCAUCUACAUUCAUCUCUAUUGCAACAGUUGAUAAAUUGGGUCGAAGGGCUUUACUUAUAAGUGGCGGGAUUCAAAUGAUUACAUGCCAGGUCAUAGUUGCUAUAAUCUUGGGGGUAAAGUUUGGCAACCAGCAAGAACUAUCAAAAGGUUACUCAGUAUUGGUGGUGGUCAUGAUUUGCCUCUUUGUUCUAGCUUUUGGAUGGUCAUGGGGUCCCCUUGGCUGGACAGUGCCAAGUGAGAUAUUCCCGUUAGAAAUUCGAUCAGCUGGACAAAGCAUAACAGUAGCUGUAAACCUUCUAUUCACGUUCAUAAUAGCCCAGGCUUUCCUUGCCAUUCUUUGUGCAUUCAAGUUUGGAAUCUUCCUCUUCUUUGCUGGCUGGAUUACCAUCAUGACCAUUUUUGUUUAUUUCUUCCUACCGGAAACGAAGGGAGUUCCCAUUGAAGAGAUGAAAUUCAUAUGGAAGAAGCACUGGUUCUGGAAGAAGUUAGUGCCUACCAAAGGGGAAGGCGAAAUAAGCAAUUCAGUGGAGCUAGAUGAGAACGUUACAGAGCCAUAAGCCGUAUGGAUAUAAGCAGCCGGGAUGCAUGUAGUGCCUCAGCCACAUUUAUCCAUACAGAGCCAUAAGCUGUAUGGAUAUUGCGUUCUAAAGAAUUAAACAUAGCAUAUAAAAAUAUAAUAUUAUUCUAUUACAUAUUAUGAUUUGGAUAAUUUGGUAUUUAUUAUAUUACAUAGCAUGAUUUUUUUUAGUGCUCAA